UAUUCUGUGGCUGGUAAAAAUAUUUCCUUCAUUCAGUCGUUGUGUGUAAUAUUAUUUUUGUUGCUAAAUAGUCUCAGUUUCUUUAAAUUUUUAUUUGUUCUGCUUACUUUUCUUCUUCCAAUCAUUCAAUUAAACAUAUUACGAAAUAAUUCAAUAUUUGCAAACGAUUAAGUUUUAUUCGUCAUCAAGUGUGUAACCAUUUUAUUACAAUCAAAGUGCUAUAAAAAUUCUUUAAAGUGCAAUGUGGCGCAGGUAGUUAAUUGUUUGUACCGCGUGUGAAAUGUCACAACAUGGAUACCCUGAGAGACUAUCGAAUACAUCGAAGGGCUUCCAGGAAGAUGUGUCCAGCCAACAGACCAUGGAAGUCUUGGUGGAAACCCUCACUGGGACAGCGUUCGAAAUCACUGUCUCGCCUUCCGACACUAUUUUCGAUAUAAAGUCGAAAAUAUAUAGAGUAGAAGGUAUCCCAGUAGCCCAACAGCACCUAGUGUACAACUUGCGCGAGCUAGAAGACGCGCGUUCGCUCCGUGAGCAGUCGGUGUGCGACGGGGCGAAGCUCCGCCUGGUGCUCGGGCUCCGCGGCGGGCCGGUGGCCACGCGUCGCCUGCCGCCGCCGGAGCCCUGGCACGAUAUCGAACGGCUGCUAGCUUCUAAAAGCGGGGAAUGCGAGAGCAGCUCGGGCAGCGGCUGCAAGGUGACGGUGGUGGUGUUCCGCGAGGGCGAGCGGGUCAACAUGCUGCGCGUGAAGGAGAACAAGGACGGCACCUACUCGCCCAUCGAUAGCAAUAAGUACUCAUCUUCCCUCAGCCACCUAGUGGAGUGCGACACUGACGAGUGCGUCGGCCUCGGGGCCACUAGGGCCCCGGGGCCCUCGGGUACCGGUGGGGCUUCCGGCGCCAGCGGCGGCCACGAGAACGCCGUCACGAUGGCCAAGAUGAUGCAGCUGCGGCAAAGGAUGCACUCGCUCACCACUAGGACGCCUGUUGGCAAACGAGAUAUACAAAAGACUAGAAGCGAAGAAAUCCUAUCCGUCCCUAGUUUACUAGACGAUACCGAGUACCGCGCGUACAGUCCGGCCGAAGACUCGUACCCGUACACGCGCGGGCUCGAGUACUCGCGCGGACUCGAGUAUUCGCGCGGGCUCGAGUUCUCGCGCGGACUCGAGUACUCGCGCGGGCUCGACUGCGCGAGAGGACUUGAGUGCGCGAGAGGGCUGGAGUGCUCAUUGGGAGAGCGCUACGCUUUACUCCCGCCCAGUGCUGGUUCGGAGCCCGAUUUGCCUGAUGCGGAUGACAGGCUGAAGUUAUCGGACGCGCUGUCCGGCCCCAUCCUCGUGAAGCGGGGCGCGGGGGCGGCGGGCGCGGGCGCGGGCGGGGCGGGGGCGGGCGCGGGCGCGGGGGGCGGCGCGGGCGAGCCGGCCGGCCGCGACACGCACCUCGCGCUGCGGGCCGACUGCGGACCACUAGUAGUUGGUGAGAGCGGUUGGCGGGCCCGGGGCUUCGGUUCCAGCUCCCAACUGGCCGGCGGAAGCCUCGCUGGCUCGCUGGCCGGCGGGCUCACCGGCUCACUGGCCGGCGGGCUGGCCGGCAGCCUGGCUCCCGGGGCCGUGGGUUCCUCGUCAGCGCUGCACGUGCGGAGCGCCCGCCACGCGGCCAGAGCUUCGCCCCCGCUAUCUGAUGCGCUGUUCUCCUCUUCCACGUCCGAUUUGGAGCAUUUAAAGAGAAAUAGAAUCCUGCCCGCGCUCAGCCGCCACCGCAACCGCGAGCACCUGCACCUCAGCGACGAGCGGCUCGACACGCCCGACCCACAACCCCUACAGUCACCCCAACCCCCCCAACCCCCGCAACCCCUCCAGCCCCCGCACCCCCCGGCGGCCCACUCGCCGCCCCGCAACAAGGAGGUCGGCAGCGAGCGGCGGCAGCGGCGCAUCGACAAGAUCACGGAGCUGGAGCAGAGGGAGGAGAAGGCGGAGAAGGAGAAGAAGAAGAUCAAGAUACGGUGCGCGUUCUGCAAGAAGAGAUUGAGCAUCGCGACCGUGCACACGUGCCGCUGCGGGGUGGAGUUCUGCGCGCCGCACCGGUACGCCGAGGUGCAUGGCUGUGCGUAUGAUUAUAAGGCGGGAGCCCACUUGUACCUGCAGCGCGCCAACCCGCUGGUGAGCGCGCCCAAGCUGCCCAAGAUAUGAGCGAGUGUGCGGUGCGGUUGUGUAGUGAUAGUGAUAGUGAUAGUGCGGACUCACACGGUGCGAACACCGCUCCAAUGUGUUUUGUUUUGUUCUACUCCUCAAAUUUUUGUCUGGAAGUAUUCGUGCAAAUGGUUCGGAUUGAAAUGUAUGUAUACCUAUUUUGAUUAUACAGUUAUGAAAAAUGUUUACAAUCGACGAUUCAAUUUCAGCACUGAUGUUUUUUUUUGUUGUUCUUUUAAAUCUAAUUUGUGCUGUUUAUAUUGAUUUAAUAAUACUUUUUCAAGUGUAUGUACUAUUGAUUGAAUUUUUUAUACACUUUCCCUAUAUCCAGUGGAACAACCGCACUCGUAUGUAUGGACGGUUAUGUCAUAACGUGAAGUGUCUUAUUGCUAACGGUUACUAACUAUACAUAUAUCCAUUGUUUGUUUAUAUUAGCUGUAUAUUACGUCACUGAGGAGUUUUUCUGACUACAUGUUUACACUGUUACAUAUUGAUAAGGUUGACUCGGAAUUGUUCAAUUCACCAAUUAAUUAGUGAUAAGCACAUAUGAACCUACAUUUCAA